CCACCAACGUCCACCACUGGCGUCGGGGCAGACAGUGCGCAUUCCUCCAUCCCUGCGACCGCAACACUCUGCCUAGUGGGCACAAGGCCACCACUUGAACUCGUUGAAGUGCUUCAAGUCAACACGGCGGGCAGCCCCAUGCUCUUUUCGAAUGACUAAAACACCUUCGACAUGUCUUCAUCCGUGAACGGGACAGAGGAGGUGCGCGUGUCGGCGUUGACGCCCCUGAAGUUGGUGGGGCUGCUUUGCGUCUUCCUCGCCCUGUGCCUGGACGUGGGAGCCGUGCUGAGCCCGGCGUGGGUCACGGCGGACGACCAGUACUCCCUGUCCUUGUGGGAAUCCUGCUGGAAGCCCGUCAGCUCGGCGGAGUGGUCCUGCAACAGCACACUUGCCACCGACUGGCAGAUCGCCACGCUGGCCCUGCUGCUGGGAGGGGCCGUACUCACGCUGGUCUCCUUCCUUGUGGCCCUGGUGUCCCUGUGCUCCAGUUCCAGGAGUCGCUGCUACAAGCCUGUGGCCAUUAUGCUCUUCUCGGCAGUGGUGCUCCAAACCUGCAGCCUGGUCUUGUUCCCCAUCAAGUUCAUCGAGGCGGUCACUCUGAGGGUGUACCACGAGUUCAACUGGGGCUACGGCCUGGGAUGGGGAUCCACCAUCUUCUCCUUUGGAGGGGGCAUCCUCUAUUGCCUCAAUUCCAAGAACUAUGAAGACUACUAUUAAACACAGACGAGAACAAGAAGAGCAAGAGGAACACAAUACCAUAUUGAACUUUCAGUCACACUACAUGAACAUGCAGCAGAAUUAUAGCAAAAACAAACUAUUUGGAACACAGUCCUAUGAGAGUCUUAUUACAAACAGUAUGCUCUCUCACAUUCCGUCUUAGGGAUUUUGAAUGAAAAACAGGUGAGCAAAAAGAAUUCAAAAUCUGACAUUUUCGCGUAAAUAACAGCACUCCGAUACACUAUGUAGACAAAAGUAUUUGGCCACAUGUUCAGUGCACCUACAGAAAGUGAAAAUUGAAUAAAAUAGGGUGGACACUCACAUUGCAGGAAUAACAGCUUUCACUCUUCUCUGAAGACUUUGUACAAUAUGUUCAUUGUGUGUCCAUUCCUCCAUUUGUGGCUUGAUGUCAGGCUUUCGUGCAGAAGAUUCUUAUACACUUAUCGCUUUGUGAAAGGAAAAGGUCCUUUCUCAUACUGUUCCUUCAAUGCUGGAAGCAUACAACUGUGAAAAAUGUCUUUGUUAGGUGAAAAAUUCAAAUUGAACAAGUCGAGUUUUUUGAUGAGCUGAUUAAUUAACUGAGUAAUAAGUGUGUGUGGCAUAGUUUAUCUGCAUAGUGUAUGUUUGCCUCCCGUUUAAGUGGCGCUCUGGUAGGUCUUAACAUUAGGCAGGAAAUCUGGGGAGAACAUAUGGAUCCAUUGACCUCGUGUGAAUAUGAAUGGGUCGACUGAAUAAACCAGUCUGGGUGAAGAUGGAAAAUAACAGCAGAAAAUCAAUUCAAUUCCCUAAUCAGGGAAUGAAUGGCUCCGGGAAGGAAAACGUCCUAUUGAGAUGACAUCCUGAGGACGUCACAAGCAAAGGGAGCCUCAGACAAAACAAGGCACACCCAAGGAAAUGCGACAUUACUUUUGGUCUUCUCACAAACUGUUCAGCAGCAGCAUAUCCCUACUUGUUAUGAUGUUGGUGUAUUUUUGCAUAUUAAAAUUUGAACCGGUGGGAAAGAAGUUGGUAGACGAUCAUGUGUGCCGUAUCAUCCAUUUACGCACCGCGUCAUGUGAUGCCACCUUGUGAGUCUACUGUUUUUGUCAAAGAGGAUCAUUGUAUUUAGUAGUGUGCUGUAUUAGUGUACUGUGUAUAGUAGUUGGCCCAUGAUACACUGUUGUAUGAAAUACAAUGCUCAGUGCAUGACGAUUGUGUAAUAAAGCAGUAACUGGAUAACUUGGAAUGGGACUGUAAGGAAGAAAUUCAUUUUACACUUUCCAUGGGGAUUAAUGAAAAUUGAUAGGAAUUAAACUCUAAUGACAAACAUAAUAGUGAAUAUGUUUUAUCAUAAGCAGACAUGCGGGCAAGCAAUCCAUCUAUUUUCUUUCGCGCUUGUCCUCAUGGGAUUGAUCGGUUAUCUGGAGCCUAUCCAAAAAUCAUUAUAUGAGAUUAAGUUCCCUUCAUAGACAAACACGGCACUAUGCAAAUCUCUUGUUUAUUCAUACUGUUCAUACAAAUUACCAUACAGUGAGGUGAAAAAAAAAUUGGUAAUUACUUUUCGACACAAGGCCAGAUUGCUUUUAAUAUUUUCCCCCUUUAUAAACAGAAUCGCAAUUUAAAAACUGCAUUUUAUGUCAACUUGGGUUAUCUUUGUAUGAUAUUUAAAUGUGGUUGCUAACCUAAGCAUUAAAGAGAGAAAACUCAGCAAAAACUACAAAAAUUGAGAAGGGGGCAAAUACUUUUUCAUGGCUCUGUAUAUUUUCUUGAUCCACAUGUAAAGCAACUCAUUGUCAGUGCUGUACAUGGCAUCACUAUUUUAAACUCAUUUGUUGCCAAGCGUAUCAGUCAUUUAAUAAUAAAACGUAUUUUCCCCACUCCAUUUGUGACUCCAGCCAGUUGCUCACAGAUGUAAACUGGCCUUUAGAAUGGACUACAGUAUACUUAAAUUACGUUGGUCAUUGCCAAAAGCUAAUUUUGAUCAAGUGUAACUAUAUAAAUAAAAUAUAAUAAAAAUAAAUAUAGUUUAGUUUGAGUGAUUUUCCUGUUGUGCUAGUACUACUGGUGUUAUCACCAGAGGUGAGUAGCCAAAUAUUGUACUCAAGUAAGAAUACUGUUACUUUAGAAUAAUAUGAUGCACGUAAAAGUAGUCCGCCAAAUAAUUACUUGAGUAAGAAAGUACUCAGUGAAAAAAAAAGGGUUACUCAGUAACUUGUAACUUCGGAUUUAUUUAAUUCAGAGCAUGAACAUAAAAAAAGAACUAUAUAAAAUAUCAAUGUGAAAAUGUAUAUACUGCUGAACAAUACCACAAUCUAAAACAUAAAUAAAAGCUUUAUAAAAGCUUUUAAGUAAUGGAUCAUAUUCAAACUCAUGUUCAACAGAAGUCCACACAUUCCUGCUACCAUUUAAAUUUUUAAGUACCCAAAACCAGCAACACAUGCAUUGGGCCUUACAGAAACAUUAUUUGAUUUAUCCACAGAAAUGACUGAAGGAAGGUGUUUGCUGAACAGACAUUGAUAAAGUGUGUGUGUGAGACAGAGAGAGCGAGGGAGAACAAAGCCCAGAAGAUGCAUGUUUUAGUUACUUGUGACCAUAAAACAGGGCUGUUAUAUCUGCAACUUACCGCAAGGUGUUUUCUUAAGUUAGAAGUGGGCUGAUAUAUCCAUUUUUUGCAAAACUACGCUGCAUAUUUAAAGCUGUUAUUUGUUUCUGUAGUCUGUAAUGUGAACAACAGUCACGUGCAACUGACACGACUCACUUUGACUGGCCCGCGAA